GAUUGAAGGGGCUGGGCCCACAGAGGAGAAAUGGCGAGAAUGGUUAACGAGAACGGGUGUGGAGUGGAAACACAAAGCCCGGAGCCGCAGGGACCGGGCCGGGGCUCGGCCAGAUGGGGUCCACAACACGCCGGUGCCCGAGAACUGGCCAAUUUAUACUCACCAGGCAAAAGAUGUCAAGAAUGGUUAUGUGUCCUGCUCUGCUUCUCUCUCAUGGCCUUCAAUUUCAUUCACCUUCUUGCCAAUUUCCACCUGGGACAUUUGUGGUACAUCCCGUUGAGUAUUGUGGCAGGAAUCCUCACCGCAGACUUUGCGUCAGGACUUGUUCACUGGGGGGCUGAUACGUGGGGAUCAGUGGAUCUACCUAUCUUUGGAAAGGCCUUUAUACGACCAUUUAGAGAGCACCACAUCGACCCCACAGCCAUAACCCGUCACGACUUCAUAGAGACCAAUGGUGACAACUGCAUGCUGACCAUAAUCCCUCUAGCACACAUGGCCUUCAGCUUCCUCACUCUCUCCCCUGCGGAGAUUUACCAUAUCUACCCCUGGUACUGCUACCUGUUCGCACUAGGCAUCUUUGUGACUCUUACCAACCAGAUUCACAAGUGGUCGCACACGUAUUUCGGCCUGCCUCGGUGGGUCGUGUUCCUGCAGGACUGCCACAUCAUCCUCCCGCGCAAGCACCACCGCAUCCAUCACGUCUCCCCUCAUGAGACAUACUUCUGCAUCACUACAGGCGUUAAAGUCCCUCGCAAUUUCCGGCUCCUGGAGGAGCUGGAGGAAGGCCAGAAAGGUGUGGGAGAUGGCACAGUGAGUUGGGGUCUGGAGGAUGACGAGGACAUGACCUUAUCACGGUGGAGAGGGGUGAUCCUCGGCCCUCCAAGGACAAGCUAUGAAAACAGGAUGUACAAUCUGAAGGUUGAAUGUGGGCCAGAAUACCCAGAGUCACCGCCGUUUGUCAGAUUUGUGACAAAGAUAAACUUGAAUGGCGUGCACACCUCCAGCGGUGUGGUUGACAUGCAUGCGGUGACUGCACUGGCCAAGUGGCAGAACUCCUACAGUAUCCGGAUGGUGCUGCUGGAGCUGCGACGGCUCAUGACCUGCAAGGAGAAUAUGAAGCUUCCUCAGCCACCUGAGGGCCAGAUCUACAGCAACUGAGCCCCCUGCUACUUUUGCCUCCAUCUUUUUCUCCCUCCACCUCCCUCCCCCAAAACCCUCCCAACUCUUCUGUUUUGCUUUCAUCCCUUUAUCCCCAUCCUCUCCGCCAUAUGUGACAUUCCACCUCAAAUACCUUGACUGAGCACACGCACACAGCUGAAGACUGAAGUACACAAUAAUUGAUACAUGCAAAACGUACAUACACAUAAAACCGCACACAGAGAGAAGACUGAAGUACACACUCUACAUGCAAACAUACACAUAUCUGCAGAGGACUGAAGUACAUAAUAAGUGAUAAAUGCAAACACACAUACAUAUAUAUCUGCACACACAGGACUGAAGUACAUUAUAACUGAUAGAUGCAAACACACAUACACAUAUAUCUGCACACACAGAAGACUGAAGUACACAAUCACAGAUACAUGCAAACAUAUGCUCACAUAUUUGCAAACACACUGUAGAAGACUGAAGGACACAAUAACUGAUACAUGCAAAACGUACAUAAACAUAUAUCUGUAAACACACACUCAUUGAGCGUUCAUGAAAGUCAUUCCAGGCCCCCUCCCCCUCCCAUCACUGGAGCUCUGGGUGGACUCGAUGUGACGAGGAAAGGCGGAGUCCUCAGUCCACACCAGAUACGAUCAUUCGAAUACUGUACAUGUUACUAAUCUUUUUUUAUUAUUAUUUGUUAAAAAAUGCAGAUUGUACAAUAACAUAAAUAAUCUUAUUGAGUGUA